GUCAGUUGUAGACAGAUGCUUAUGUCACCGAAAGAACGGGAGUAUACACCCCCCCCCUCAGACAUACAUGCUCAAUGCUCAGCCACACUCUUUGUCAUUCACUAUCAACAGUCACUAUCUCAGUGCCUUUCUCUCUGUGACAGAAACAGAAACUCGCACAGAGGCACUGAACAAACACUGAACAAACACUCUCCUUUAUCCACCAACCAGUUGUUGACCAACUCUCCGCCUGGGAAAGUUGUCCACAAGAUGGACAAUAAGUCAGAUGUAAAGGCCAUCAUGGCUCGCUUCCAAACAGGUGGGGGAAGCACUGACGAGACUUCCUCUGCGCCCCCUGGACGUAUCAAACAACCCUUGCACCCGACCCUUUCCUCUGGCCCACCUAUACAGAAGAAACCAGUCUUGGAAAGCCUCUCUGGCAGUGCAGUAAAUACGCCUCCAAAACCAAGUUUCCUAAAAAACACAGUAUCUACUAAAAGUGACACAGAGGUACAAGAGCCAAAUAAAGCUAAAGCCUUGGCGAGCAGAUUUGCCAACAUCCAGGAUGAUAGCAACACCAACAGCAAACCCUUUACUGUUAAUAAACAGCAGACACCCUUGAAACCACCCUUAUCACAGGCUCCUGAAGUUAAAAGCCUGGCACAGAAGCCUCCAUUCAACAAACCUCCUCUUACCUCCACCCUGUCUGAGUCCAAACCUGCCUUUCCUAAACCUUCACCAGCAAUCAGCAACAAGCCCAGCUGGGUUAAAGACGAAAACAAUGCAGCACCAAACAGCAGUCCUGCGCCACUUAAAUUGCCUGGUGUGCAACAAAAACCGAUUGGCGGCAUUGUAAAACUACGGCAGCAAGCUGAAGAACAGGCAGGAGGGAACAAAGACAAUGUGAUCAAACCUUCAUCGCUGGCCAACUCUUCUUUUAAGCCCACCUCAAACUUCAGGACUGCUCAGAAUCUGUUCAACAAGGAGGAAAAGACUGAGCAGACAGAGAGUGGUGGGACCAGCAAACCUAGCCUUACAGCUACUAACUCCAUUCCUCCUCCAAAACCUCCAGCCAAUAAGAAGCCCAGCUUUAAGAAGCCAGUCAAGCCCUCUCCUCUGGCCAGCGGUGGUGUUAAUGGAAAUGAUUCAUCAGGCCCAAAGCGUAACCCUCUCCCCAACAGCUUGGCUCUGGGUCCUCCUCCUGCUAAACCUAACCGACCUCCGAAAGUCAACCUGGAGAACAUUAAAAGAGGCUCAGAGGCCUCUGAUGAGGGUCCCAGUUUUAAGAAACCCAUCGCUGCGAGCAACCAUGUGGCCCAGAAUCAAGCCCCACCACCUGCACUGCCAAAUCUGCCCCCACGGCAUCCUGGACCCAUGAACCAGCAAGAAGACACUUACGACGAUGUCGAUCAUGUGACCAAUUCUCCCCCGCCUCUACCACCAUCUGCAGCCCACCCAAGCCAGAGAGGAAAGGAGGAAAUUAAUGACGACGAUGAUGAUGAUGGAGAGAUGUAUGAAGAUCUUGAUGAACGAUGGGAAGCAGCGGAACAAAAGCAAGAGAAGAAGAAAGAGAAAGAGGACAAAGAGGAGAAAAAACGGCAGGAGGCUGAGAAGAAGGAGCAGAAGGAACGCGAGAAGAAGGAACAAGAGGCCCGGAAAAGAUUCAAAUUGGUUGGUCCCCUGGAGGUCCUUCAGAAAGGAAAGGCAUGCACAGAUUGUCGAAGCAGCAAGACUGAUCUUGGUCUGAAGCAGGGAGAUCCCGUGGACAUCAUUCGAGUCCAGGGAAACCCCGAGGGUAAAUGGUUGGGAAGAGCACAGGAUGGAUCCAUUGGCUACGUGAAGACCACUUCAGUAGAAAUUGACUUUAACUCCUUGAAGAAUCAAGGAGCCUCACUUCAGCAGGCGUACGACCCCGAGGUCUACGAUGACAUCGAUGUAAUUGAUAACAGCAGUAAAAAAGGACCAGGAGUUGUCCUACCACCUCUACCAGGAGGAGAAGGAGGAGAAAUAUACGAUGAUGUUGUCGAUCCAAACUUAGAAGUCAGUCCCUUCGAUCCCAGGUCUUCUAUGAAGCCCCGCAGCUUCCUGCGGAUGUUUGACCGAAACAGACGCCCUGCCAGCUCUAAAGUAGUGCCUCCACCCAGCCAGUUUACAGCAGAUGGGAAUUCAGAUAAGCCGGGUCAAGCAAUUGAUGAGGAAAUAUAUGAUGACGUCGACUCUCAAAAUGCACCUAUCCCACCUCCCAUCAGCAGUAUUCCACCUGGGAAAAUCAAAACCAAAGUUGAAGAAAUGGACCCUAAGAAGCAGAAAAAGUUUGAGAAGGAGGAGAAGGAAUUCAGGAAGAAGUUUAAGUAUGAAGGAGAGAUACAGGUGCUGUACCAGGUGAAUGUCAUCCACAAUCUUACGAAUAAAAAAUGGAGUGGCAAAGAGCUGCCAGUAAAAGCAGGAGAGGCCCUUGAUGUGAUUGCUAAAGCUGUGGAUAACAAACUGAUCUGUCGAAAUGAAGACGGCAAGUUUGGUUAUGUAUCGACCAGCUACAUUGCUAUGGACGAUGGAGAUAUCUAUGAUGAUAUUGGAGACGAAUGCAUCUAUGACAACGAUUAAGAAAGAUCCUGCACCAGCCUUUUUGUUUUAUAUUGCUCAUUUGCAUGUUUUGUUAUUUAUUAUGUUUACUGUUGCUAUACACUGGAAGUUGGUAUAAAAUGGCCAUUUGGUGUCAAACUAUUUUGUUUUUAUAUCAUCGAAAUUAGACCGAAAAAAAUGUGUGGUUGGUGGCUCCAACUGCUGGAGCCAGGCUAGCCACAUGCAAUCUCAUACUUUAAACACCCCCCCCCCCCCAAAAAAAAAGCUGUAAAACAAACUAUGUGUCAAAUAUUUGUUCAAACAACAGUAUUUUAAUAUAUUUCUCUGUCUGUUUUUUUCAUUUGUUCCUCGUUUGGGCUUUAAUUUAUGAAUUUGCUUCAAAGAUUUUGCAAAAGUUUAAGAAUAUUUGCAGCAUAUAGUUGAUAGGAAGAGUGUACUUUUUUUGUCUUUUCAGCUGAUGAUGUACUGUUUGUACAUUCCUUUCUAUAAGGCCAAUUCAAACAUUUAUCUUUGUCUAACUAAAGAUUUAGACAAACAUAAUUUUGUGCCAAAGUACUUUUGAUGCACUGUAUAUACAGUUAAGAAGAACUUUCUGUUUAUUUUUUUGAUUUAUUUGGAUUUUUUUCUCAACACAUUAUAUUUUGUCCUGUUGUUGCAAUAAGGCAAUACCUGAGAAAGAUAAUAAAGACCCUUCAGCAUCUCUCAAAUUAA